UAUUACCUAACCUAAAACUUUCUGUCAACUCAAUGGCGCGCAAAUAAACAAGAAUUAAAAAUACGAUAAAUCUUAUCAUUUGACUGAGAAUAAAGGGACAGUGAAAACUAAUAUCUUCCACAAUGCCACCUUUAAAAAUAGAUCAUAUAGUAAGCUUUAGUAGCGAGGACAAGGUACACAUUGCCAAUAACCUCCUUGGAAAUAUCACAUCUAUGAAAUGGAAGUGCGCUACACCAGGUGAAAAGAAUGCAAUCAUAUGCUUCCAACUUGAGAAAGCCUGUGUGAUCACUGGUAUUGAUAUUGGAAAUGAACACUCAGCUUAUAUUGAAGUAUUGGUUUCACGUUCCGUUGAAUCUAAUGGUGACUUUAAAUCAUUCCUUGUUAUGUCCUCUUUUAUGUCUGCCUCAGAGUCUCGACAAAGCACCAAUAUAAAUAGGGUGAGGAUGUUCAAAAAGGAUGAUUUUUCAAAGCCUGUAUGUGAUGAAAAAUGGGAUAGGAUUAAGGUGGUUUGUACGCAACCUUUCAACAAGCAUGUUAAGUAUGGACUUUCAUUUAUCAAAUUUCAUUCGUCAGAGAUAGGUAGCAAGGAUAAGGCUAAUAAUGGUGAGAUAAAGUUGGGCAAAUUCACACUAAGGCCAGAGUCGCCAGUUGAUUUUGGAAAUGGUUCUCUAUUUGCAAGACGAAAAGAGCUAGAAGCUGAUAAAGACAAACCUCUGACAGCUGCUGCUGCUAUUAGAGCAGCCAGUUCAAGCCUCCUAAAUGGGUCCACUAGUUCACCAGUUCGAAGUCCUAAGUUAUUACCUAAUUCUUUGAGAAAUUCAACUUCCAAGACAAAAAAUGCAACUUCAACAGAGUGUACUCCUAAGCCUCGAAAUAGAAAUGAGUUAUUCUACACUGAAGAUGAAGAAAAAGCAGAUGAUAAAAUUGACAAACUGAUCGAACAGAGGAAUGCAGAAAAACAAAAACCUUUAGAAGAACCUAAGAAUACUCCAAUAUUAAAAAAUAAAAUGAAAAAAGAAAAAGAGGAAAAAUCCAAAAUUAAUACACCUUCAAAGGAUCAAGCUAGUAGCAGUAGACAAGAAAAAGAGGAAAAAACCAAAGUUAAUACACCUUUAAAGGAUCAAGCUGGUAGCAGUAGGCAAGAAAAAGAUUCUAAUAAAAGAAAACUACCAAAUACACCUGAAAAGUCACCAAAAAGAAUGAAACCUACAAAAAUAACUAAACCAUUCGGGAAGUUACUAGAAGAUGUUGUCUUAGUGAUUAGCGGUAUUCAAAAUCCAGAUAGAGCUACACUUAGAAGUGAAAUACUUGAAAUGGGGGCUAGAUAUAAGCCAGAUUGGGAUAACACCUGCACUCAUUUGGUAUGUGCCUUCAUGAACACUCCGAAAUUCAACCAGGUUAAAGGUAAAGGAAAAAUUGUGACUCGCAAUUGGGUCGAAGAGUGUUACUCUCAAAGGAAAAAAUUACCCUGGAGGAGGUAUGCUUUGGACAAACAUGAGAAGAAUAAAGAUGAGAGUGAGGAUGAAAUCUGGGAAAAAAUUGAAGAAGUUAGGCCUGAAUCGCCAGAAGUAGAAAAUGCGAAAAACCCAUAUUUUGAUGAUGUAAUGGAACAAGCUUCGGAUACAGAAGAAAUAAUUGAACAAAUAAAGAAAGCAACGCCACAAUCUCCAAUAAGAAAACAGGUUUUAUCACCAGCAAAAAUACAAAAAGAAGUUUCACCAGAACCAACUGCACAUUGUUCUAAGCAAAUAUCGGAAGACUCUGACGUAAAAAUUUUGACAGAAGUAAAGGAAGAAGACAAUGCAUAUUCUGCAGAAACUGACCCCGAGGAAGAAACUGUUGAACGAAAAGAGCAGCUCAAAAAAAAACCUUACGACUUUUUCAAGCAGAAAAAUUUCUUUUUGGAUAGUAAUUUUGAAGAUUAUAUAGAGGAAAUGUUGAAGAACUACAUCUUUAUUCACGAAGGGUCUUUGUUUGAGGAUCCUUCAGAAGAUAUAGACUACAUAAUUUGCGGUCAGAAAGAAGCUCCUAAACUAAGUGGGCUUAAUACAAAAGCCAUCUGUGUUUUACCUGAUUGGGUUGUAGAUUGCCAUAAGUGUCGACAAUUUAUACCGCCAGAUGAAUAUUUUGUUUUGUAAAUUAUGUUUUAUCUGAAAAUAUCGUUUUUAUAUUUAUAAAUAAAUUUAUGUCCAUAAUUA